AUGACGACAAAGUCAGACGCUCUCCCAGAAAUGCAGUACCGGUUCCUCGGCCGGACCGGUUUGAAGGUCUCCGUUAUCUCGCUGGGCAGUUGGCUCACAUACGGCGGACAUGUCGGAAAUGAUACCGCUCUUGAAUGCCUAAAGGUCGCUUAUGACGCCGGCGUCAACUUCUUCGACACAGCCGAAGUAUACUCCGGCGGACAAUCGGAGAUCGUACUUGGCGAAGCGAUUAAGAAAUUCGGCUGGAAGCAGAACGACAUUGUCAUCUCCACUAAGAUCUACUGGGGCCAAGCCAACAGCGCCAACCCAAGCAAACCCCUGAACAACACCGGCCUGUCACGCAAACACAUCAUCGAAGGCAUGAACCUCUCCCUCCAACGACUGAAUCUCCCCUACGUCGACAUCGUCUACGCCCACCGCCCGGACCGCGACACACCCAUGGAAGAAACCGUGCGGGCCUUCAACUACCUCCUCGACCAAGGCAAGGCCUUCUACUGGGGUACGUCGGAGUGGUCGGCGUCCGAGAUCGCCGAAGCCUGGCGCCACGCCGACAGACUCGGUCUCGUCGGACCGGUCGUCGAGCAGCCGCAGUACAACCUGCUUGUGCGCGAGCGCGUGGAGAAAGAGUACCGCUGGCUGUACGAUGCGCACGGGCUUGGACUGACGAUCUGGUCGCCGUUGAAGGGGGGUGUGUUGACGGGCAAGUAUAAUGAUUCGGAGGAGCCGCCUGCUGGGUCCAGGAUGGCGGAGUCGAAGGAUAAGUUUGUCCAGGGGUGGAAGAAGACUGUUGGUGAUGAGGCUUGGAAGAAGCAGUUGGAGCAGACGAGGGCUUUGAAGUCUAUUGCGGAGGAAUUGGGUGUUACCACGGCUCAGUUGGCGCUUGCGUGGGUUUUGAAGAAUCCGAAUAUUUCUUCCAUGAUUACGGGUGCGUCUAGGCCGGAGCAGGUUAGGGAGAAUCUGAAGGCUUUGGAGGUUGUUGAGUUGUUGACGGAUGAGGUGAUCGAGAGGAUUGAGGCUGCUGUUGGGAGUAAGCCUGCUGUUGAGGUUAGACGGUUCUAA